UUUCUCUCGAACAUCUGUCAAAACAAAGCAAAUGGCCUCAAAAUUAAUUCUUCUACUGGUUACAGUAGCUUGUCUCUUGAAUCUCUCUAAAGCUAUAACAACUAAUGUGUUGAUCGAAACUAGAGACUGCUACUUUGAAGAAUUAAACACUGGUGAUAAACUUUCCGUCACAUUCCAAGUGAAUGAAGGUGGUGACUCUAAGAUUAACUUUGAGAUAUACGAUCCUGCAGAAAAGAGGCUCAAAAACUUAGCUGGCAGACAAAGUGGUUUAUACUCCAUUGUUGCUCAAAAGGCUGGUCGUUUCCGCUAUUGUUUCUGGAACUACAGCAAGAAGUCAGCAAAGAAUGUUAGUUUCAACGCUUUCAUUAAUGAGGAGACAAUUGACGAAGCCACCAAUCAGGAAGACCCCUUGAAGCACGAAAUCGACGAAUUAGCGGACAGUAUUCUUGCUAUCAAAGCUGGUCAAGAAUAUAUUGUUUCUCGUGAGCGUGUACAUAGAGAUACUGCUGAGAGUACCAAUGACCGUGUUAAGUGGUGGUCUGUUGCACAAAUUGGCUUAUUGAUUGGUGUUUGUAUGUGGCAAGUCCAUUACCUCAAGCAUUUCUUUGAAGUCAAGCGUGCAGUUUAAACCGCUCUACUUCAGGCAACGCGGAACCUGUAACUACAGUUAGCAAUUUUGCAUCUUUGAACAAGUGUACAUAUAUCAUCGUCAAUUUAAAAUAAAAGCAUACGCAUCUUUUUUACCGAUAUUGAGCCAAUC